CGCUGAAGUUUAUCCUCUUUUCUUCGUCAUCGUGACGCCCCCAGUCUACGGCCCUACUUUCUCUCCCUAGCGGACGAAAGCGCCACAUCACCUCGGUCUGCGACAGUCCUUGGUGUCCGAUCGAAGCAAGUUGCAGCCUCCGAGCAUGAAGGCUUAGCCCACAAAUGAGCGUGAAUGGUUGUCCUACUCCUAUAUGUGUCAGCUCUGAGUUCCGCAUGUUUGUCGCAAGAAGAGGAAGAAGAAACCCAAGUCUAGCCAUGUGAGAGUGUCGGUUGUAAUCGGGGGGAUACUGAAUCGAAAAUGAGCCUUUGUCGAUGAUGGGUUAAGGUUUGUGUUGUUGACUGAGGUGCAUGAAUUAGUCGAAGGAGGAGAAGUUCGAGUCUAGCGCGUGUGAAAUUCGUGCGUAGUGGGUGCAGGGGCUGGGUAGAGGCUCCCGUCGAACAUUCAGAAGAAUUCAGGAGGUGGGUGACAGGUCGUUUUCGCAGACCGAGCCGCGGUGGGUCUGAAAGGGUUCCAAAGGGUUUGAAUUUCGAAUUCGCUGGACGGCACUUGCCCUGCAUUCCAGAGCGUUGGAGUAGGUUAGGAGGGAUCAAUUGGCGUGCUUGUGGAGGAAAAGAGGAGGAGGAGGAAAGUGGCUUAUGUAAUUCGUGAAUCGAGGGUUUUGUUUGGCCGUGUCUUGUAUAUCUUUGCGAUAUAAUCAAGUGUUGGGGUAUAUUUACAUGAGGUGAUCAAUCAGGGUGGAGUCCUUGUGAUGAUCUUGGAUUUGAGGUGAAUUCUGAGAAAGGUAUUGAGCACUUGUUUGCUUUCAAGAUGAUGGUCUCUUUCAUCACCAGGGGAAUUAUUUGAUUUUGCAGAAUGUUACUCGGCUACGUGUACCCCGCGUAUGCAUGCUUCAAGGUAGUGGAAAGGGAUAGGCCCGAUUUGGAACACCUUCAAUUUUGGUGUCAGUAUUGGAUAAUAAUCGCAGCCCUGACAGUAUUCGAAAGGCUGGGGGACGUUCUUGUUUCCUGGGUGCCAAUGUACAGUGAGGCAAAGUUGGCUUUCAUCGUAUACCUCUGGCACCCAAAUACUCUGGGUACAAAGUAUGUGUACUCAACGUUUUUGAGACCCAUCGUGGCAAGGCAUGAGGCUGAGAUUGACCACCAUCUGCAUGAAUUGACGACUAGAGGUGGAGACUUGGCCUAUUUCUGGUGGCAAAAAUGUUCAAAUUACGCUCAAUCCAGGAUAUAUGAGCUUUUCUCGUAUGUAGCGUCACAACCAAACAGAACCCAGCAGGGUUCUAUUGCCCGUCAAAGUCGUCGUCGCCCCAAUUUUCAAGGUCCUCCACGUGGACCCCCACGAGAUCCUUACCAGGGAGGCCCUCAAGUUUACCCCCCAGCUCCACCAGCGGGAUAUCCUGGAUCUACUCGUGCGGGUUAUCCUCCAGUGAACGCUAAUACCCUAGAGGAUUCAGACUCGGAUUAUCAUGUCGUCGAAAAAAUUGUAGAAAGUCGUCCGGAAGGCCGUCCAGAAGGUGGAAUGAAGAGUAGGUCCGAGCAAGAAGUGCCUCCUCACGUUGGCAACAUAAGAGAACGUGUUCGAGCAGAUGAUUCCGGUGGUUCCCGAUACUUGUACGGAUGGUUGCCUGGUUGGUUUGGCACGUCUUCAGGGAAGGAAGACUGAGGUUUAUCGGUUUCCAUGGAACACUUACUGUUGUUUAAGACUUUUCACCUUUUCAAUCAACUCAACCAGAUCUUAAACCACGUUCAGUCUACAGCGGGCGUUAAUGCAGAGUAAGAUAGUGGUAGCUGUAAAUACAAGUCUUUUUCACCCUUUUCAGAGUAAAACAGUUCCCAGUACUCAUAAGUUGUGGCAAUUGAUUCUCUGGUGACAUAUAGGAGACAUUCAAAUAAACCCUGUUGGCUGAAGUUAUAUGGGUGGAAUUUUCUGUCUCAAGAAUUUCCAUGGCUACUAGUUGUAGUAUUAGCUUCAGAUAUCCUACAAUAGUUAAUCAUCAGUUUUCUCCUUCAACUGUUUCAAGCAAUCGGUAGGUACUGCUGCGAUAACUAAUAUCUGUCUUAACAUAAUGUAUUAUAAUGCUAUAUAUUUGUAAAAUGAGAAUUAUCUGCUAUCUCCAGCCGUAUUUCAGAGGUUGGAAACUUAGUGUUUAAGCAUGGCUCACAAAAAAAAAAAAAAAAAAAAAAAAAAAAA